AUGACGAUCAGUUAUAAUGGUGACAUCUCCUCCAGUAGGACCUUUUCCUUCCUUCGAAUCAUUUGCCGUUGGAAGGGCUCUAUUUGGAAGUCUGUCUUCGUGGAGCUUUUGUCAUGGGUCAUCAUGUACUAUGUCAUAAUGGCAUCAUAUCGCUACUUUAUGAGCGAAUAUCAAAGAAGGUUGUUCGCGAAAUUUGCACAGUAUUCUAAUGCAACUAUCGAUUACUUACCAUUAACUUUUAUGUUGGGGUAAGUUGACUUAUGUUUAGGGUUGCUUAAGAGACGGUUAAUUAGAAGAGGGCUUUAAAAUGUUAGGGCAAGAGUAGGGUAAGGCUGAGGUUGAGAUAGGGUGUGGGCUAGGUUGUGCUGAGGUUGAGUAGAACAGGACAGGGCGCAGGUUGGGCUUGGUGUGUGGUUGGGUAGGGUAGUAGAUUGAUAGGGUAGAGUAGUGAACUAAAGAGCUGAGGGUAAAAAUACAAUAAAUAAUACAUAAAUACUGUAACACGAGGGUAAGGUCAAAUAAAUUUAAGGUAUGGAAAAGGUUACUUACUUUGAUGGCCAGAUUAAUAUAAUAAAAGUCACGUGAAGUGGUAGAAAUAGCUUAUUUUUAAGUAGGGUAGGUUAAUUUUUAGGUAGGGUAUGAUAACUCAAUAACAAAUAUAAGAUAAGUUUGCGGUACAAUAGAGUGUGGUCUGUUCGGGUAGACCAGGUUCACAAUAAAACGGCUGAAGUAAAAAAAGGGUAGGGUAUGGUAUGGCAUCAACAGAUGUGGGUUAAGUAUACGGUAGACUGAGGGUACGGCCGUAGAAAGAUAAUGCAGGGUAGGAAACUGUAAGUUCGGGCGGGGUACGUAGGAGUGAGAAACGGGCCGUCUAGGCCCGGCACAAACAUUGGGCCCCGGGCCUGUGCCGGGCCUAAAAAGUGGGCCCGGGCCAAAAAAAAUUUUUUAAAUCCCCGUUGAUGUUUUUUGAUUUUAUUGGGUACUCUGAUCCAUAAAUGAUCUGAAAGAACAAUGUGAAGCCAAUUUCCGUUUAUUUUUUGAGUUUUAAAAUUUAAAAAAUUUUUUAAAACGGGCCGGGUCGGCCUGAGAGGAAAAUGAAAACGGGUCGGGCCUAAACAUUGGGCCCCGGACUUGAGCCGGGCCUAAAAAGUGGGCCCGGCCCUUUUCUCACCCCUAGGGGUAAGUCAAAGUAGAUUUUAAUACGGUACGGUAGGAUAGGGUAGGGUAGUUUUAAAGACAGGGUUGAUUUCGUAGGGCGUAAUUUGUAAUUUAUUUUUAGUUUCUUCGUGUCAAUUGUGGUCGAUCGAUGGAAAAACAUUUUUGCUAAUAUUGGCUUUAUCGAUGAGUAUGUUCCAAACGUUUUAUAUUGUACUAGAAAAUGUUCUUUAGCAUUUUUUUAAUAAAUUUUUUCAAAGAAUUAUAUUAACUUUAAUAUUCCUAUUGUUAUUUAAAUUUUUACUCUAACUAGUAGGUACAAAAAACGUUUUUUUUUUUUAAUUUUUACAUUGAACCAUACUAAUUUUAAAUUCAUUUUUAGUGCAGCCAUAUAUAUCAGUGCUGUCUUCCUAGGCCAAGAAGAAAAACCUUUACAAAUGCGUCGGAACGUACUUCGCUACAUGGUACUGACUCAAGUACUGGUCCUACGUGACAUUUCGCUCCAAGUCCGUAAACGCUUCCCCAGCCUCGACUCCAUCGUGAACGCUGGCUUCAUGAUGCCGCACGAACGUCAGUUGAUGGACGUCGUAACUGACAAGUACAAUCGGUACUGGUUACCUAUUCAUUGGGCGUGCUCGUUGGCACAACAAGCCAAAGUGGCGGGGUAUAUAGCUGGAGAUGCUCAGACUUCCAACGUGCUACGUGAGAUCAUUGAAUUUAGGUCGUGCUUACAAGUACUAUGUAAUUAUGAUUGGGUACCAGUGCCAUUGGCCUACCCUCAAGUCGUGUUCAUGGCAGUACGAAUGUACUUUAUGUUGUGCUUGAUUUGUCGACAAUUCUUGUAUCCUGGGGAUACGGUAACACGGACGGUUUACACCAUGAUUGAUUUGAAGAUACCGGUGAUGACAAUCCUUCAGUUUAUCUUCUACAUGGGUUGGUUGAAGGUGGCUGAGGCGUUGUUGAAUCCAUUGGGGUAAGAACUGUAGUUUUGCCAAUUUAGAAAAAUUUUUAUAGUAUGACUUUAAAAAGGAAUGGCAUCUUUAUUUUUGUAGUAUUAAAGCGCUAAAAAAAGUCUUGUCGUUUUUGGCAUUGAAAAGUAAUGUAAAUUGGCGACAAGUCUUUUUUUGACGCUUUAACUAUGAUUCUUUUUUAGAGAAGAUGAUGACGACUUGGAAUGCAACUACAUAAUCGACCGUAAUGCUACAGUAAGUUAUAUUUUGAAGCAUUUUUCGAAAAUUAAAAAUUUUUUUUUGUUAAUUAAUUUUUAAAUUUAAAUAAAAAAAUUUUUUUUUCAAGUUAUAAUAAUAAUUUCAGAUAGCAAUGUACCUAGCCGGACCGUGCAACGGUGUUGUGCCUGAACAAAAAGCUGAUUGUUUCUCAUUCGGCUUCACUCCAUUAUACUCAGAAGAAGCCUCUAAUCAGACAAUACACCCAUUAAUCGGAUCUGCAGCUACUAUUAUGCCUGAUCUUGUAUCUAAUACAAGGGUAAGUCUAGUCCAAAGCCCUAUCAAUUUUAUAUUGUUCUUACAGUGCACCAUUUUGAUGACGAUAUUUUAGAUGGUGCCCAAGAAUGAUGACGAUACAAGUUCAACUUAUUCUGGAAACACGGUUAGAAACAUGAAGAAUAUGUUUGGCCUAAGGAAUCGAUUUAAAAGUAUCUGUAACAAAAAGAAGAGAACAGUAAAGCCAACAGGAUCAAAACGAUACGACAGUAACACACAGAGUACUCAAAUUACUAACGUCAGUGGCAGUGUGCCUAUUACAUGUCAGUUUAGUUUUAAUUUAAAUUUUUUAAAAUUUUAAUUUUUUGGUUUGAAUUAGACAUGAGAAACAAGCCCGGCCCGAUCGAAAUUUUGCUCAAGGCCGGCCCGACCCGUUUCUCAUGUCUAGUUUGAAGUACGUCAAAAAUUAUUUUUUUAGUUUCAUAUUUGCCAAAAAAAGUCUUGUCGUUAAUUUAAAUUGUUUUACGGGUUAAAAAACGACGAAACUUUUCGAAAACCUUAAUAUUACUGUAUUUUUUAAAAUUAAGAGACGUAUUUAAAUUUUUUUCAAAAUGUAAAAUUUUUUCAACAACAAUGUUACAGUAGAACCGGAGAACCUACAGCCCUCCUCUCCUACCGUCGGAAUGGCUUCGAACAUAACAUUGAUCAGUUGUGGUCUUGACGACGACAAGAACGAAAGAGUGAUAUAA